UUUUCCUAUUAAAUCAAUCUUGAAUAAUGUAAAAGUUAUAUCAAUGUGUCAUUUCGUUUCUUCCAAAUUGAACUUGUCACAUCGUUAAGCUCUACCUUUGAAUUCUCUAUUAGUAUUAAAUUAUCCAUUGUCCAUGUGCUAAUAAAAAUGAUUUUUCAUUAUUUGCGUUGAAGAAAAUAAAAUAUGAGAAAAAGAUGCUCUAAAAUGUCUAGCUAGGAACUGAUUUAGGCAAAUGUAUAUAUUGAUGGGUUUAUCCAAGAUAAGGCAUAGCUGGAGAUCUGUCAACUAGAGAUCCAUUUUGAACGAGAGAUUGUCUAAGAAGGAGAAACUUAGGUGGUCGAGAGCCAUAUACGCCACCAAAUUAUGACAUGCGACUAAAAUAUUUGAAAUUAUAUAUAACUUGUCUCCUACAACAACAACAUAUACAACAGCAACAGAUUCAUCAAAAGCCUGAAAUUUCCUGAUUAUUUUUGCAAUCCUAAAGAAAACUAAUUAAACAUGGAUAAAUCUCAGAAAGCAGAGUACAAUGCUGGCCAAAUUGCAGGCCAGACACAGGAGAAGGCUAGCAAUUUGGUCGAAAAGGCUCAAGAUAAAGCCCAAUCUGCAAAGGACAGCAUGCAAGAGGGUGGUCAACAGAUGAAGGCCAAAGCACAAGGAGUCGCGGAGGGAGCCAAGGAUGCCGUUGGUGCUAACAAAUAAACAACAUCAUCGAUGGAUCUUCUAUUUCUAUUUCUCUUUUUUUUUUCAUCUAUCUAUCUAUGGGGCUAUGAUUUACAUACAUGUUUUUUACAUGAAGUUUGUAUAUUAAGAUUUGAUAAAUUCUAUGGUUACCUCACUUUUGAAAUUUAAAAAAGAAAAAAAAA